GUCAAAGUCUACUCGCACCCGACUAUAAAAACUCUCGAGCAAGGGGUGCAGACUCGAGUCGGGUGCAAUCAUGCUGGGACUCACUCUUCUACUAGCAGCGGUAGCUGCAACUGUGACUGCAACAGGAUACAUCGAUGGCCGUGAAUAUGUGUACGCUUACAAGGGAGUCAUGUACACCGGGUAUCCAAGAAUCAAACCGCAGUACAGUGGCUAUGCUUUCGAAAACAAUGUCAUUAUACAACCACACGGAGACUAUGCUGUUGUAAAGGUUGAAAAUAUCAAGAAAUCUCAAUUCAAUGGCGAAUUCGAAAACGUGGUGAGACACCCCUACGAAUAUAAGGACUUGCCCGAAAGUCCUCUGCAAAAGCCCUUCAAAGUGUACCGAAAGAACGGAAUUGUGACCCAUUUUGAAGUGACAAAGGGUGAGCCUUCAUUUUCUGUGAACAUCAAGAAGGGUUUGGUCGGUCUUUUCAAUCUGAACUUCGACGAAGCAGAAGCCGCUAUUUCAACGGAAGACAACGAUAUUCAGAAGCCAGACCCAGACAGACAUUACUACAAAGUCUACGAGAAAGGAGUAUUAGGUGACUGCGAAACCGCCUACGUAAUCGAACACCACCCCUAUCACAAGACGCCACAAAACAACAUCGUUCUGAAUGUUACAAAAGUGAGAAACUACCACAAAUGCAAUUCUAAUCCGAACCAAGUCUACGGAACCUUCUACGGACACGAAUGUGGGCACGCUCCCCAUGAGAGAUCGCACACUUUGCAUGGGAAUGCCCAAUACAAGUACAAUAUCCGCGGUUACCGCCACAACUACGUCAUUGAGAAAAUAUACACUGUUGGAGAAACUGCUUACACUCCAUAUCCCCUUGAAGGACAAACUGUUGCUGCAAAAAUCAAUCGUUUCUUGACACUUGUGGAUGAGAGACCCGUCACAAAUGCUCUCGAAUUAGGCCCAGACACCGAUACUUACUCUUCACUUGAAUUCACUUUCGAUUUCCAGAAGAAUUACAAAGAUCCAGUGGACCUGAAGCAACCCCACUAUUUGUACCAUUUGUAUGGAAGGAAGGUGCCUAUCGAUGUGAUUCGAGGACAAUUUGAGGAACUCAUUCAAGUGUACAACGACGAUACAUAUCAGGAGAAAUUCAAGGAAAAGAAUUUCCCUGCUAAAUUCGCGGAGCUAUUAAGAUCUGCUGCCACAUUGGGUUAUGAUGACAUCAACGAUCUUUACAAGCAGUAUGCUGAUAUUCCAAAGAGUGGAGCAAGUGCCGAUCAAAAGAAAUACAGGAGCUUGUUUGUGGAUGCUUUGGUGAACUUGGGCACCAACCCGGCUGCUCUGUUUGCCAAGAACCUCAUCGAAAACAAGAAGGCACGACCUCAAGAAGCGGCCUACUUCUUCCACCAGCUCCCGACGCACGUCAAAGAGGUGUCCGAAACCUUACUCGACGGUCUUCAGGCCCUCUGCGAGCACGAGAGCGUGAAAAAACACCAGAGCGUUCACAUCUCUUGCGUGUUCUCUCUCAGCACCAUCAUCUAUGACCACUGUGUGGCGCGGUAUCAUCCGGAGGUUCCCAUGACGGCCAGCAGGAGUCACUGCCAACCAGAAGAUGCCGUGAAAUACUUUGACUAUGUGGCAAGAAAAUUCGAAGAGGCAACUGAUGAGAAGUUGAAGACGACAUACUUGAAGGCGGCUGGCAACAUCGGUUUAAGGGAGAUCCUACCCUAUGCCAGGCCUUAUAUUGAGGGUGCAGGCAACUACCAUCCCUAUGACCGGAACAACGCCAUAUGGGCUGUCACACAUGUCGGCUUCAGGUUUCCUGACAGAGUAAAAGACCUUCUGGUUCCUCUGUUGUUCAAUCAAACCGAAAACUAUGAGCUUAGACUGUCCGCCUUCAUCAUCCUGAUGAUGUACCGACCUCAACUCUACGAACUUGAGGGGCUCGCUCGGGCUUUAAAGCAUGAUCCCGAUGACCAGGUCCGAUCCUACGUCUACAAGAGCAUUCGAGCGAUGGCCAACUCCACUCACCCGUGCGACAGGAAAGCAUCUAAAGAUGCCAAACAUGCGUUGAGAAUCUUAGACGAAGUUCGCCACGAGUUUGAAAAGUAUGAUUACAGUUUCUCCACAGACAGCUAUGUGGCUGGCUACGACCGCGAUUAUGAUUUUGGUGGAUCUACCCGAUUUUCCUAUUUCGCCAGUGACACCGGCUAUCUUCCUCGAGCUAUGUAUCUUGGGCUGGAAGACUUCAUAGGCGGCAAGUCACUCCAAACAUUUGCUAUCGGUUUCAAACAGUACGGAAUGGAGAAAUUCUUGGACAAAAUCUUCGGACCAGAAGGUUCUUUCGGCCGUAGAUCGAUGUUCGAUCUAUUUAAAAAGCGCGGAAAGAGAGAUGCCGGCGGAGUGGAAAAGGAACUGAACGAAAUUAAAGGAAAAAUUAAUUUGCCUGUGGUAGAUUACGAGCCUAUACACGCAGAGCUUUUCAUGAAGUAUAUGGGAAAUCAACAAUCAUUCUUCCACUUCGAUGACAAAUUCUUUGAAGGAUUCUUUAAGGAAGGUCGAUUCACCAUUCCGAACAUGCCAGCUGCUUACCAGAAAAUUCCAGAGUUCUUCUACCAGAGAUUUAUGCUCACGGUGGACAAGAUGUACAUUAUUCCUAGCGAAUCAGGUGUCCCCAUCAUCUUCGACUACAAGCAGCCUGUUUACUAUUAUCACAAGAAUAAGGAAUCUAGCUUCAAGGUGGAGCCAGGUUUCUUCGCAGAGGAACGUGGUGGCAAGUACCCUGAUCACGUGAAAGUAGAAACGGAUGGACACAUUGCCAUCGACAAGAACCUGUUCGCCUCUAUCGGAGUAUUCAUGCCAUUCGAUCAGACAACUUUCGGAGCAGGCAUCAACCGCAGGGCCACCCUAUCGCUCCCAAUCAAAAUGAAGUUUGACCUUGAUGUGAAAGAGAAGAAACUGAACUACCAAUGGACACCAGUCACGCACGAGAUCUACCACUUCAAAUACGAGCCGUAUACCUACACUGACCUGUAUGGCAAUGGCGUCCCGGCCGUUUUGGAAGACGGCUAUCAUCCCGUCCAACGAAAGAGCAGGAAGCACCUGCACCAGAGUUACCUCCACGACGUCUUCGGAGUUGGUUUCGAUGUCCACGCCUUGUACGAAAACGAAUUCAAUGACAAGGGCUCUUGGCUCAGUUUCCUGUUCAACAAGGAUUAUCGUCAGAAAUUCUACUACCUGUAUGCCAACCCCAAAUUUGAGCCUUACUUUGUGGACAUUAAGUUCAGCCAUGCAGCUACGGGAGCUACAAAAGAGUUACAAGGCAGCGUCAAAUACCAAUAUUAUGAUUCUGAGCACACACAGCCCGAGUUCUCAAGCGAAGGUUUCGAGGACUACAAAAUUACGGACAACGAGAACGGGCCCUUCUGCACAUGCGCUCUCGAAUUUGAGGCCAAAGGACUUGGCGACAAGGAAAGGAAAGCCAACGCCAAGAUUUCCUGGACAAGAGACCUGAAGCGAGCGAACCACAAAGUGAACUUCUACUAUAACAGAUCGCCCUUCCACAGCUCAGAAACUGCGAACUUGAAGAUUUGCGGCAGCGGCUAUCUCAAGUAUCCCAAAUAUGACCUAGGCAAAGUCGCUCUCCUGGACACCAUUGGUAUGAACCACCAGGUGGACAGCGCCCUGAAACUACACUUCGGCAAGGACUGCUCCACUGACCAGAAGGUUAAGAUCGAUGGUCAAUUCUUCCCAACCGAAGAACAGAGGCUAUUCGAAUCGAAGCGAGAGGAGCCCGACACCCCAGAGCACUACAACCCCUAUGCCCAUUACUACCAGGCGUGCUUGAAAGAGCGCGCCAGAGGCAUCAACUAUGGCGAGAAAUGCUUAGAGUACAUCCGUGUCAUCAGCACUGUUCAUGGAUACCACUUCCAUGGGAAAUUCGAGAAUCUCUCCAAAGGAUUUUUGAACGCCACCUACAAAGCUCUCUGGGCGGCAAAGCACGCUAUGUUCUUCUACGGCGACCACAAUAUCGUGGACAUCCAGAAUCCUCAGGACGAGUUCCACUUGCAUGCCAACUUCUCCCUACACUUACCAGUGGCCGACAUCCGAGUUCACAAGCCCAGCUCAAACAGUUUUUAUACACACGUGCCCGUUCCUUUCUACAGGGGCUUCAGGUCGUAUCCCGUCUUCGAGGAUCUGCACAUCAAGAACUCUUUCAGCGACAUUCAUUGCAAGUUGGAGGGUGACAAUAUGAUAACCUUCGACAGAUACGAAUAUAAACUGCCUCCCAUCGCUUGCUACAAAGUCAUUGCCAAAGACUGCUCACCCAACGAAUUCUUUACAGUCCUGGGCACCAAAAUCAACCACCCGCGUUACCACAAGGCUUUGAAAGUCUUCAUCGGAAAACACAAAGUGGAAGCUCUGCCAGUAUCCGACGAUUCGGACAUCAUUAUCCGGGUGGACGGCACCAAAGUGGACGUAACGGCCACCAAACCUUACCUCCACUUCGAAGGAGAACACCACCACCACGGAGCAGAUUUCUACAUUACUCAUAGGAACUUCUACUACGCCCUGCAUUCCGAGAAAUAUGGCCUGAUCGUUGAAUUCGACGGCCAUAAUAUCAUCGUCCAAGUGUCGCCCUUCUACAGGGCCAAGGUGUGCGGCCUGUGCGGUAACUACAACGGAGAGAAGUAUGAUGGUUAUACUACUGCCGAGGGAUGCUACUACGAAGAUGAAACUGCCUAUGCGUACGCAUAUGCCAUUCCUUCCGACACAUGCGAAGUGCCUAAGUUUGAGCCCAAGUGUCCCAAUGAAGGCGGAUUCGGUUGCACCAAACUACGCACCAAAAUUGUUGAACACAACACAGGCAAAGUGGCCCAGACUUGCUUCUCCACAGAGCCCGUCGCCGAGUGUGCCCCCCAUUGCAAAGCUCGAGCCACCACCAGCAAGACCAUUUCAUUCCACUGCUUGCCUGCCAAGGACGAUUCCACCAAGGCCCUGGUAAGACAGCAGCCCCUGCGAAUCCUGCAUGAGUUCAGAAGGAAGAGCAAAGACCACGAGGCCCCCGUCGACGUUCCAGAUGUCUGUAUCAAAGUGUAGAGGCGGGUCUUCCUCUAGGGUCUUACUAGAGUCCAUCCUUGUGUUGGACUUGAUCACUCAGUAAGAAAAAAAAAUAGACGAUGUAAUCCAUACUGGAUACACUGACAAAUGAAGACUAGGUAAUACGAGGAACUCGAUGCGCACAUACAGUACAAUACAACCAGCAAAUCACCGUCUUUGUUAUUUUCAAUUUCUUUAUUCCAUUGAAUAUUUUGGUGUCAACUUUUAAUUUUUUCAUGUCAUUUUUAAAAAAAAUUCAGCAAGAAGACUACAGCCUUAUUGUUGUCAUUUAAAAGUAUUAUGAAAUCUUUUCUUUUUAAUAAAUUAAUCAUUAUUGAACUAAUACUGUUAACUUUUAGUAUCAUGAAUCUAUAAAGCCAUUGAUUCUUUUUAUCUAUUUUAUUCAUUUUUUUCUUUUGUUUUGCAAAAGUUUCAAAUGAUUGUUAUAUACAUUUGUAUGACAAUUUGUUAUGCAUGUUUUAGUAGAUUCAUUUAUUGUACGCAAUUACUAAAUGUGCAUUGUUUGUAAUACUUAUGUUAAUAUUUCUGAAAAUGUACAAAACCUUCUCUUUGAAAACUGUUUAUUUUUCUGCCAAAAUAAAAGCAUGAUAACACCUGA